GAAGAGAUUGGGGGCCUCAUGGGGGGGGAGGAGAGGAGAUGCUAUGAGGGCGGGGGACACUCAUGGGGGGAGGGGAAGAGAAGGGGAAACUCCUUGGGGGAAGAGGGCCCCUCAUGGGCAGGGGGGACCUGUUGGCGGUCUCUCCCCUUGGGGCUGGUCUGCACCUCUCAACCUGCCUGAACAGCCUGAAGGUGGGGCCCGAACCCCUGGGAGAGGGAUUCAUGCAGGAGGGCUAAAGUGCUGUGGAGUCCCAGCCCCAUCAGACACCCUCGCUUGGCAGAUCUUGAGUUCUGAUGUAAAUAACUGUCGAGCGUAGAAGUUGGGGGCUGCCCUGGCUGUGCAGAGGUAGGGAAGGCCCCACUUCUGCUAGCCAUGCUACUGCCAAGGCAUUUCCCCCACGGCUUGUCUGCACAGGGAAAUUGACUUAACUUGGCUGUUCCACAGUAGUCAUUCCGCUAUGCCGGAAUAACAGUUCUGCUCUAAUUUAGCUAAUCUGGAAUAAUUCCCCCAUGUGGAUAUUCUGCUCUUGAAAAAAAGUGAUUUAAUUCCAGAGUAGUUACUCCCAAAUAAUUACUUCCAAGGCGAGUAAUUAUUCUGGAAUAAAAUCACUUUUAUUCAGGAAUAGAGUGUCCACCUGGAGGAGUUGUCGACACACAAAUAAUAAAUCAGUUUCUGUUUUUGUCCUUCCUUUAAUCUGUAAAUUAAUCCCUAACUAAAGCAAUUUUUCCACUUCCCCAGUAGAUGGCAUCAUUAGACUACUUUUUCUACCAUCCACUCUCCCAAAAACAUAUUACUAUUAUUAUGCAUUGUUUGUAUUAGGCUAGUAUCUGUUGCAGAUAACUGUCUCUCUAUGCCACUGAUCAAAUAUGAGGGACCCAGGAUACUAGGUAUUGUGCAUGCAUAUAACAAACAAAUUGUCCCUCCCUAUCUAAGGCCAUGUCUAUGCUACAGGGACUAUAGAAGCACGGUUUUCCACAUCUUCCAGUCUCCCAGACUUGGAUGAAAUGGACACUUUCUGCUUCUCAGGAUUUUGCUCCACUGAAAAAAAGUUGUAAACAGCAGCAUCCAGAUACAGAAUUGAGUGAGAUUCCUGCAGAGCUCCUGAAAUGCCGUGGAAGGGUAAAAGAGAGCGAGAAGGAGAAACAACAAAUAAUUGGUGGAUGUAAUCAGACCUGCUCUGCAGUGACAUCUGCUUUUCCAUUGCCACCCAUGCUCUGCUCCCUAGAUCAGAGCUGCCCUGCACUUUUCAGUAGCUCCAACAUUUGGAUUGCAGGCUGUAGCAGGUUCUGCCUCUGCUGGCUUCUUUCAUUCACCUGCAGUCUUGGAAUGAAGCUGUUUCCUGAACAAUGGUCUGCGGAGGGUGUAAGGCAGAGUGACUUCCAGGAGCAGGAAAUGCCAGCGACUGUGAUGCCGGGAAGUCCAAUCCAGCUGAACAGUGUCACCCUGGAGUCUGAACACCCGCAGUCCGUGAGCCAGCCCCAAGCUGCCUUCCAGAUCGAGCCCGUGACCCCGGACCCUGCCCUCAGCCAGUCCAGGGAGACAUGGGGUGGGAAGUAUGAGUUCCUGCUCUCCUGCAUUGGGUAUUGCGUGGGGCUGGGCAACGUCUGGCGCUUCCCCUAUCUCUGCUACCGCAAUGGAGGAGGGGUCUUCCUGAUCCCAUACUUCAUCAUGCUGCUCUUCACUGGCCUGCCUCUGUUCCUGCUGGAGCUCAGCCUUGGCCAGUAUGGAGCUGCAGGGCCCAUCACCGUCUGGAAGUGCUGCCCCCUGCUGAAAGGGAUUGGCGUGGGCAUGCUGCUUGUCUCCUCGCUGGUGUCGCUCUAUUAUAACGUCAUCAUCGCCUGGACUUUCUACUACCUGGGCAUGUCCUUCCAGAGCCCCCUGCCCUGGUCUUGCAAUGCUCCGCAGAACGCCCCUCUCUGCCAGAACGCAUCAGGAAACGCCAGUCGGUUCAGUGCCAGCGAGGCCUUCUGGAACGAGCAGGUGCUGGGGGUCACGCACAGCUCUGGCCUCCACGACCCGGGCCCGGUGAGGUGGCCGCUCGCCAUAUGCUUGUUGGUCGCCUGGAUCGUCAUCUUCCUGUGCAUGUUAAAGGGAAUCCGCAGCUCGGGCAAGGUGGUGUAUUUCACAGCGACGUUCCCAUACCUGGUCCUCAUCGUGCUCAUCAUCCGAGGAGCUACACUGGAGGGAUCCAUCGAGGGCGUCCGCUUCUACCUCUCCUCGGACUGGAGCAGGCUACAGAGCGCUCAGGUGUGGAACGAUGCUGCCUCACAGAUCUUCUACUCGCUGGGCAUUGGCUUCGGGGGGCUACUCUCCAUGGCCUCCUACAACAAGUUCGACAACAACGUGAUCAGGGACACCCUGGUUAUCGCCAUCGGGAACUGCUGCACCAGCUUCUUCGCUGGGUUCGCCAUCUUCUCCAUCCUGGGCCAUAUGGCGUGGAGGAAGAGAGUGCCGGUGGGGGAGGUGGCCGAUUCAGGUCCUGGGCUUGCCUUCGUGGCCUACCCAGAAGCCCUUGCUCUGCUGCCUGCCUCUGCCUUCUGGUCGGUCCUGUUCUUCCUGAUGAUGUUCACACUGGGAGUAGACACCCUGUUCGGGAACAUGGAGGGCAUCACCACGGCUGUGCUGGACGAGUUCCCGGCCCUGCGUGAGUGGAGACGGAAGACCCUCUUCCUGGGUGCACUGUGCUUCAUCUUCUACCUGCUGGGCCUGCUGCUCAUCACCGAGGGUGGCAUUUACUGGUUCACCCUCAUCGACGCCUACAGCACCAGCUUCGGCCUCAUCAUCAUCACCCUCUUCAUGUGCAUUGGCAUUGCAUUCUUCUACGGAGUGAACCAGUUCUGCCGGGACAUCGUUGACAUGAUCUGCCGGUGCCCGCCCUGGUGCAGCAAGCUGCUGCUCUACUUCAAGGCAUGCUGGGUAUUCAUCACGCCGUGCCUGCUGCUGUUCAUCCUCAUCUACAUCUUCCUGGAGAUGUACAACACGUCUCUGCACUACGGUGCCUACGCCUACCCGCGCUGGGGCAAGGCCCUGGGCGUGUGCAUGGGCACCAUGACCUGCAUCCAGAUCCCGCUCUGGGCGCUCGUGGCCAUCUGCAGGGAGUCGGGGACACUGACGGACCGGUUCCGGAAAGCCAUCCACCCUCUGAAUUCCUGGCGCACGGCGACCACCCACGCCGAGGUCAUCGACGUCCCCUACACCAUCAACCUCGUGGACAGCGACUUCGCCAGCCCGCCCCAGGGGAGCAGCGAGGCCUGAGGGGCCGGGGCCGGGCAGCAGAAUGGGGGCUCCAGGCAGGUCGCUGCCCUCGCCGCUCCAGGCAGCUGCUCUUGGCUCCAUUGUGGCAACCUCCCAGGCAGAGGCCGCGGGCCGGCGCUCCUGGAUCCUGUUGGAGGCUGCACGUGGUCCCUCACCUGCAGGAGACGAUGCUGGGCUGGAAUCUGCUGCUCUCCAGCUGCAGUGGGGGGGUGGGGCGGGGCCAGGACUCUGCUCAGGGCUGUGGCCCGCCAGCAGCCGGGCACUUUGCAAGAGGGGCUUGGCCUCUGAACCUUCUUAAACCACAGGGAAAGGAUUGUACUUGAGAAUCGAUUGCACGUGCCCCCUGGCGCAGCUGGGCACGCAGCUGGGUGGGUGUGCAGGCUCCCCCCAGGCAUGGACAGAGGUGCGCAGAUGGGGCCGCUCCGAGGUGUGGAAGUGCGCAGACAGCGGCAUGCCCUGGGGCACAAAGAAGUGUGUGGACAGGGGGGCGCCCCGGGGCGUGGACAGAGAGGGGCACGCACAGAGAGAUGCCCCGGGGCGUGGACAGAGCUGUGUGCUCCUUGCCCAGCUGCACCCUCGGCGAGAAGUGAUUCCCCAGCACUGAAGCAAGGCUGGGCUGCUGCUGUCCUAGCACUAGCGUCUGUGCCGGGGGCUGGCCGGGCUCCUGGGGGCUGCGCCUGGGGGGGAGAGUUGUGGUGGGGGCUCUUCUGGCUCUGCGCCUGCCAAUCCGAGGUCUAGGCCCUGGGUUCCCCUCCUCUGUCUUGGGCACUCAGGCCAACUGCUCCAUUAGCCAACCCAGCCAUGGCUCGAAUCAGCUCCUGCCAGGGUCUCGCCAGGUUGGCGGCCGGCAGGGUCACAGCCCAAGCCUGCCCCAGGGGUGAGGACUUGGGGCCAGCAGGUUGGUGGCAGCAUGAGGUUCAUGGUGCACAGCUGGGAAGCACCUUGCCCUCACCUGCUCUACGGGAACUGCCCACGUGUGGGAGGCGGCAGCUGCUGCGGGCAGGGCUGGCAGAGGCGAGGAUUUGUCCCGGCAGCGAGAUGCAGGGGGAGGGGGGUCUCUCCACAAGGCGGCCCUGCCAAGGGGCUGGGUUUUGGGGGCCCCGGCUCUCCGGCCACUGGGAUUUCUCUGCUGUAGAAAUAAAGGC